GUUAAUACUUUGUUUGUUGUAGAAAUAAACUUGCCAACAAACUUCAGUUGAUAUUUAGUUGACUUUAUUUGUUUAGCUGAACAUUGUGUUGAUAGACAUUGGACAAUAUCUAGAUUGGUGUGUUUUAUUAAGUGUAGUAAUCAAUGAGUUUUACACAGUGCCUGUCAACUGGACAGGCUGAUGGAAAAGUAAGCCUGUCCGGACAAAAAUUCACCUGACCGAACAGAGUGAGUUUAUAACUGAAGAAUUUAGGAAAGUUUAACUCAUAUUUAUUGCAAUGUGCAGCCUGUGUGGACAACUAUAAGUAAUUGAUUUUGGGACAUAUAACAUCAAAUCAUUAUGUGUUCUUAUGCAAAUGUAAAUCACUGUAAUUUUAAAAUAUGUGAUUCAUUCAAGCACAUUUCCGUGUUAUUUCAUGCGUUCCGACGAUACAUAAAGCAAAAUAUUGCUUACAUGUAUAUAUGAUGAUGACAACUUCAAAUUUGACAAUUUCGAUUUUUUGUAUAAGCAUUUUUUUCGUGUGUAGUUUUUUGUUACAACCUUUGUAAUUGGAUAGAUGGUUAUAUGUCGGAACAAUGAAAUGGACGUUUUCGAAAAACAACAACAAAGGGAGAGUACUCUUAGGAACAAGUAACGCGUUAUUGUUCUUAAUGACAAAAAGGCUAGAAAUUCACGUAGAGUGAUUCCAAUUGGAUGUAAUCGUUCUUAUGGCAAGUACUAGACUUUUCGGUAUUUAGUCAUAUUUUGUUUGGCCUGUCACAAGGACCGGCAAUAUUAGAAACUUCGCCGGACCGUAAAAAAAUUCGCCGGGCAAGACCGGAGGUCCGGCCUUUACAGGAAGCCUGGAUACCUUUUUAUUUAUACCCGAGUUCUUGAGAUAAAAAGCGUCAGUGGUCUACAAAAUGGCGACUUUUUUGCAAUCCUCCAUUGAAAAAGGAUCUGACAUUGUCAAAGACUUCUUGUGUUCGACCUGCGAAGAGGCGAAACUUGAAGAAUCGGCUGAUUAUUAUUGUGAAUCUUGCGUAAAGUUUUACUGUGGAAUAUGUAUUCACUUGCACAACCAAUUGUUUAAGAAACACACCCCUCAUGGAAGGAGUGAUAUGAAGAAAUGGCCUGUUGCCAAGAAGGUGGAAGAUUUCCUUUUUAAAUGUGAUGUUCAUAAGGAAGAAAACUUGGCAAUGUUUUGCAAAGAGCAUAGCAUGCUGUGCUGCAAUAAUUGUGCUUUCCUUAAUCACAGGCAAUGCAAAACAGUGAUGCUUUUAUCGGACUUGGUAAAAAAUACCUCCACUGACCUCAAACAAGUAUCAGUUACUAUCCAAACUACUCUGGCAAAACUGAAGAAGCUUCAAGACAAUCAGGAGGCUAGCAUUCAUUCUGUGCAAAGUUCAUAUGAUGAGCAGUUACACAAAAUACAGGAAACUCGGCAAAAGAUACUUGCAGCCUUAGAAAUGCUUGAAAAGAAAACAUUGCAGGAAAUGAAAGAUACACUGACCAAACUGCAAGCCUCUCUCAAAAGUGAUGAUGACAAAUGUUCCACACUUGGAAAUGAAUUAAAACAACUUAGAGACGCUAUUCAGGACAUAAGCGAUAAAAGCAAGCAAGAACUAUCUUUUAUAGCCAGCAUUAAAUGCAAGGACAAAAUACAGCAGUUUGAAAAAUAUCAAAAGAAGAACUUUGCUCAACUAAAAUUGUCAAUAACUUUCCAGCCUUAUAGUGAAAUAAUGCAGUAUCUUUCCCAGUUGUCCGGUCUUGGGAAGAUUGAACACUAUGCUCAGUCAUUGACUGCAGUGGGAAAUGCAGACCAAAUCAUAAGGAUUGAUGGAAAGUCUGAGUAUGAUGUAGGCGUACAGGGUGAUUCAACUUGCUGUAUCAGUGACAUAUGUGUUCUCCCUAGUGGGCAAGUCCUUGUUGUAGACCAAACUAAUAAGAAAGUCAAGCUGUUGAACAAGCAGUACCAGGUUGUGAGUCACUAUAAUGUUUCUGAUACGCCUUGGGACAUGUGUCAGAUCACACCCAGUGAGGUUUGUGUUACUGUUGGUAAAGAGGUCCAGUUUAUCAAAGUCAACAACAACCAGCUGGUGAAAGACAGAAAGCUCAAGUUUCAACAUAAAUGUUUGGGUAUUGCCUCCCACCAGGGAGACCUGUUUGUAACCUCUGGUACUGAACUAUACAACUACUCGCUGGAUGGUAAACUAGUCAGCAAACUUCACGAGAAUAAGUCAAAUACAUAUACAGUCUACAGUUGUGCAGUGAGCCCGACAGGUGACACGUUGUAUAUCACAGACUACAAACAGCAUAAGCUCCUCACUCUGGCCAGGGAUGGAUCAGUCCUUUCCAUCUUCACAGACCCUGAAUUGAGAUGCCCAUAUUGUGUACAGGUGACACCUGCAGGCCAGGUGCUGGUAUGUGGAUGGAUGUCCAAUACUAUCCUACAGAUUGACAGUAAGGGCAGUAGGAAGCUGGCCACUCUUGCUACAAAGAUGGAUGAGCUAAGGUCAGUCUGCUACAACAGCAACACUGACUCCAUUAUUGUGGGAAUGGAAGAUAACAAGAUCCUGGUGUACAAAGUGAAAUAGCUUAUCAUUCUUGUUUCUGAUGUGUAAUGAUAAGUCAUAUAAAUAACUAUAAAGUGAUAUAAAUUACUAAAGCUGCUAGUCAUUAAGUGCUAUGUUACACAUAUAUAUAGUUGAUGUGUUGUAAUAAGUCGAAAUAAAUGACAAUAGCUGUUUGUGUAAUAGUGUUAUGUUACAAUUCAAGAAUGAAUUUGAAGUGUACAUACUUAUUUUUUUCUUUAAAUAAUGUUAUUACGCAUGCUAUGUUUAGAAUGUGAUAUAUUAGAUUUGUAACAAUGUAUUGAUUGAUUAAUUUUUUGCUCUUUAAGUGGCUCUGAUAUAUUUAAGUCAAUGGAAUACUUAUGGAUCAAUAAUACAAGCGGAUAUUUUGUCAUUAAUAGAUAGUUUUACAUGAAAACAACUUUGAAAUGCGUUGUUAUUGUUUUACAGCUUGUAUGAUUGUUUUCCAUCAUUUUGCGCUUUGCUUUGCUAAUCAUAAUUGUGUACCAAACCCCGAGUGGGUAGAGAAAAACAAGUAACUCUUUGUUUGUUUUGUAUGAUAUCAGGCGAGGCUUAGAAUAAAAUAAUGGUGAAGCUUGCCAAACCUUAAGUUGAUUCUCACCAAGCCUGAUAUAUUACAAUACGAUCAGGCAGUUAUCUGUUUUUCUGUUCAUCAUAACUUCGUCUUCAUUUUGAAAGAAAUAAUGACAUUAUCACUGAAAUGCUGCAUUUUUAGCGGGAAUGAAUAUGAUUUGUGAUGUUUGACUACUUAAUAAUGACGUCAUGAGCACUUGUGCUUAAUACUUGUAAAAUAUGUUUUUUGCUGUGUUUGUAAAUGUUUCUGUCAAAAUAUAUGAUAUCUUUGUAUCAAAUUGUUGGUUUCGUUGAAUCUGAUUAUAUUGUACCAAAAAUUGAUAAUCUAACAAUUUCCUGUUGAAGUUAUAUAAAACAAUAUAUCUGGUAGCGUUUUAUCAGGCAGAUAUCAAUGUAGUGUAUAAUAAAGAGUAAAAAAGAAUCAAUAAUGGCCAAAAGGGGGAUGAUGUAUUCAAUUAAAUGUGAAAUCAUAAUGCCAAAUAUAAAUCUGCGAGCAGUCACUCCAGCCUUGAACCAGUUAUUUUGAAACUAUUUCUAAUCCGGGGCCGCAAAGCAAGACAUGGUAUUAAAGUUAAUUCCUCAAUCUGUUCGUAACACUUUUGAGUCUGCAACACUUUUGUGUCCGUGAUGUUGUUCUUAUACCUUUUCAUGGAUGUUCAAGAAACUUGCAUCAAUUGUUAAGGUCAUGAAGCAAACAAAAGGGAUAAGUCAGUCAAGCAAGGUAAAGUUCAAAGUCACACUUUAAGGUCAAAAGCCUGUCUAUUUUUGUGUCUGAUCGAGUUCUCCUAUACUGCAGGGCUUUUUUCCUUUUGUGAAGUUCACAACUCAACUGUUCACAAUUUUAAGAAGUUUGUGACUCUAAUCUUCACACUUUUAGAAAGUUUGCGACUCAUUUUUUCACAAUUUUGAAAAGUUUGCCACUCAAUUUUUUUCAC